AUGCACAAAGAAGAAGAAUCCAAUCUAUUUGGCCGUAUUACUGGACCAGCUUCCAAAGUUUGCUCUUCAUCGGCCGAAUCUUUCUUUUUGUCAGCUACUGCAGCCCCUGGAGCUGGAUUUCCACGCGCUUCUUCAACAGCUUCAUGCAAUCCCUCUGCUCCGACUGCAGGGGUUUCACGAUCUUCUUUUGCAGCUCCAUCAGCUUCAUCCUUUGGAGGAUCGACGGCUGCUGGCUUAUCAACAUUUGCAUCCGGGUCCUCUUCUCCCUUUCCUCCUUCAACUUCUUGUUUUGCUUCGAAUUCAGCAUUGGUUGCCGCUGGAAUCGCAACAACUUCAGCUGGAGCAGUGACGUUGGCAGUCGAGCUCAGAAAAGUCAAGGUUGGAGGAGUGGUGACUUUUUCUAAUGAUUCAUCUUUUCGUUCUUCAUCUUCCUCAAUUGGUGGUUUCACGUCGUCAACGUCUUCUGGAUUUACUUCUACUGCUUGUUUGUUAUCGGCAAACGAAGUUGCUGAGAAGACUAGUAAAACGACAAAAAGUCGUAGUUUCAUCAGAAGAGAGCUGAAAAUAAUGACAAAAUUGAUUAUGAGAAAACAAGACAAAUUUUAUGGGAAUUGUUCGAGAAAGAAUGCCAAAGAAUUCAAUACCUCGAAACGAAAAUAG